AGGGAGAGAGAGGGAGAGAGAGGAAGAGCACUCGUUGAAAAAAUAUAUUUCGCUGCUUCAAAACUAUAUUUGUGCGCGCGUGUACGUACAUAUAGAGCGUGCAUGCAGCGUCUUCAGCCAAUCUCGUAAACAUGGCGUCCGACACUGAGGAUUUGGAAUUAGAAUCUCUAAGGUCUGCUGUACUUGCAUCGCUGAAACCAAAACCACCAUCGAACGAGGUGACUAAGUCUGCUGCCAGUGCUGACAAUCCAGCAGGACCAGAGGAGGAGGAAGAAGAUGAAGAAGAGAGUCUGAGACUUCUCAGACUAGCUGCUCUGAAAAGCAAAAAGGAAGAUUCAAUAAGCCAUGUUUCUACACCAGUCCCAGGAUCUCCUGCCCAGCCGCCCAACAAUCCACCACAGGGGCUCCCUCUACAGCCUGAUCCUCUCCAGCAGGCAGAGGCAGGAGGGAGAAGCAAUCUCAUUACCAUACCUCUCCAGGAUACCACUGCUCCCCUCCAGCCUGCCUCUGGCAUCAACAGUGCGGAGGACAGCGGGGUCAAGGAAGAACGCAGCACGAAGUUUAGCCGCUUUGAAAGCUCAGAUUCUGAAUCCGACUUGGACGAAGACAUCUUGCUUCAGACGCCUAGUGACUCUGACAAAAGUGCUUUCAGUGCCUCGGGAAGUGAGAAGGAAGAGGAUUCCGAUGCUGAUUCUUGGAGGACGCGAUCGUUUAGUGAAGCUGAAAGCUCUUCCUCAGAAGUAGAAGCAGAUAAUGGCAAAAAGUCUCCUGAAGGUUUAAGCAGUAAGAACAGUGAUGCAAGCGAAGGUGCUGAAAAAGAUGCAAAAGGACGGAAAGAAAUGAUGAGUGGUAAAGGUGAUCGCCAAGAAAAGGAAGAAAAGAAAUCUGAGCGUGGAACAAGAAAGGACAAUGUUAGGGAUUGUAGAGAUGGGGAUAGGAGAAAUCAUAGAGACAGAGGAGAAGUAAGACAUUCAGAUUUAAGAUCUCGACUUGGGAAUAAGCCUAAGGAACGAGACAGAAAAAGGGACAGGGAUGUCCGUGACACAAGGGACAAGAGGGAUGAUUAUCGUAGUAGAGAUGGUGAAAGGGAAAAAAGGACAGAGGAGAGACGCAGACGGUUUGAAUCACAAAGGGGAGAGAGAAGAAAUUCCCCUGGAAGAUCACAAAGACAUGUGUCUGAUCGCUCUAGGAGACCAGACAUAGCAAAGGACAGUAUUGAUAAGAAAGCUUUUGAGGCAAGGAGGCAGAAGUUUGCUUCUGGGAGUAGUGUAAAUUUGAAAGAUAAGAAAGUGACACUCAAAUCCUCAGAAAAUGGUGCAUACAUUCCAGCGAACAAGAGUAUCAUAGGUGCAAGUGACUUAGAUAAGAAGGAAUCGCAAACAAGUGUGGAAGGAGAAAAACUACCCACCAAAGAUAAACCACCCACAGAAGGAAUUGAAAGUGAUAUUUCUUUGUCUAGCGUGGAAUCUGAAGUUGAAUCUGAAUCGGACUCUGAUGCUGGAGAGGAAGAUAAGAAAGAGAGUGAAUCAGAGUCAGAAUCGGGUUCCGAUGAAGAGGUCACUCGUUUCAAGCGCACUUCCACGAAAAGUGAUAACAAAGUAUCAUUGCUAGCACCUACACAGUCUCGCCUUAUCACUUCAAUGACUUUCCCUAAAGAAGGUCCACCGCCACUGCUUCCACGCAGAAGACCCAACGAAAAUGACCGGAGUAGAGAUCGCAGGGGACUGGAUGACCUAGACAGAUCCCGCAGGCCACUGGGAUUUCGGGACCAGGGACGGGAACGCGACAGACGAGAUCGCCUUCCAAGACACCUAGAUAAGCAAGCGCAAAGCGGUAGUAGAGAGCCUAGAGACCGUUUAAGAUUAGACACCCGCGAGUCAAGGAGGCAUCCUCGAGAUCCAAAGGACAAGCUUGAUGAAAAAGAUCUUGAUAAGCAAAGGAAGCCUAGAACUAAUGAUGUGAAUGAAAAAGAUUUUGAUAAGCCAAUGAAGCCGAGAACUAAUGAUGUGAAUGAAAAAGAUUUUGAUAAGCCAAGGAAGCCUAGAACUAAUGAUGUAAAUGAAAGAGAACAUAACAUCAAAAAGAACCCCCGAGACAUUGAAAUGAAUGAAAGAGUACCUGCUCGCAGAAUUCCUAGAGACUCCAAUUUAGAUGAGAAAAGGAGCAGAGUCGUUGCAAGAGAUGGUGAUAGAACUUUGAAUGAAAGAAUACACCACCCUGAGCGUGACCCACACAGAAAUCCUAGAGACGCAAAUGUAGGAGAGAAAUCGGAAAGAAUAGUUCCGAGGGAUGACAGGAAGGCUUUCAGCCGAAAGAUUCCUUCGGCAAGAGACUUUGUUUCGGAAAGUUCGGACUCUGAAAGCGAAACGGCGAACCAGGCUUUGCGAAGUAUAGUGAAAACUGACAAGGCUGAAGAAGAUACCAAGAUCAGUUUCAGGGACAGUGAUAGAUUACAUAGACCAAAAGACAUUCAAAAAGAUGAACUAAAACAGAGGAGAGAGGAACUAAAACAGAGGAGAGAGGAACUUAAACAGAGGAAAGAUGAACUAAAAGAGAGGAAAGACUCCAAGAGAGACAGGGGAACAAAAGAGAAGAAAUCAAAGCAUAAGCGUGAUGUAAAGGAAAGAAUAGGCAAAAGAAAACGAGAUGUGGUAGAACGUGAGAGGUCAGACGAUGAGCCUGCCAAAUUGGACUCUUUUAGAGUCACUGUUUCUGAAGAUCCUGCUGCCCAAAAGAAGAGAUCAGUUCUGGACAGACUAGGCAGUGCUCCCCCUGCAGAAAAAGCCAGGAAUUCUGUGAAAUCACGCCUUGGUCCCGUGAAGAUGGAAGCUGCUGAUUCUACUACCGACAUCGCCCCCAACGACCCUGAAGAUGGAUUCUUCCCUGAUGAAAAUCUAGGCCCCCAUGGUGAUAGCGUGAAGAGGAGGAAAGUAGAGAUAAACGACAUGGAACCAAUCAAAAAGCGCCUUAAACUCAAACGAGUUGAACCAAGUGGGAUGAAGUAUGGUGAUAUGGAAGUAGACACUGUAAGUGAGAUGUAUACCGUGGCUGAACCGCCAGUCAAACGCAAGCAGCUUAGCAAGUCACUACUGAGUAGGUUGAGUGAUAAACCAAGCACUCCGCUGAUCUCUGAAGACGCUGCUUCCGCUCCUCUUGAGGGCCGAUCCUCCUCGCCAGAAGUAGAGCCUGUCAAACGUAAAGUCAAGUCCAGGGACACUGAUGAUAGGGCGGAGAAAAAGAGCAAGUCGAAGAACAGGAACGUGUGGUCAUCCAGGAAGAAAGCGGAUGCCGCAGGGGAGGAUUUGGAUGAAGUUCUGCCCAAGAGCAGGAACGUGUGGUCUUCCAGAAAGAAAGCGGAUGCUGCAGGCGAGGAUGUGGAUGAAGUUCUGUCCAAGAACAGGAACGUGUGGUCAUCCAGGAAGAAAGCGGAUGCUGCCGGGGAGGAUUCAGAUGAAGUUCUGUCCAAGAACAGGAACGUCUGGUCGUCCAGGAAGAAAGCGGAUGCUGCAGGGGAGGAUGUAGAUGAAGUUCUGCCCAAGAGCAGGAAAGUCUGGUCGUCCAGGAAGAAAGCGGAUGCUGCAGGGGAGGAUGUAGAUGAAGUUCUGUCCAAGAACAGGAAUGUGUGGUCAUCCAGAAAGAAAACAGAAGCUGCAGGGGAGGAUUUGGAUGAAGUUGUGUUCAAGAACAGGAACGUGUGGUCAUCCAGGAAGAAAGCGGAUGCUGCAGGGGAUGAUUUGGAUGAAGUUCUGUCCAAGAGAGAUGUGCGCAAGUCCAAGAAUAAAGACAUUUGGACAUCCAAACGGAGCAUCAUCACGGCAGAACCAGAGAGGGACGUUGAUGAAGAUUUACCGGUGAAAAAGGAACGCAUAUCAAGGGAUGUGUGGUCUUCCAAGAGAAAAGCUGUUUCCCGGGAAACAGAGAAUGACGGUAAGGGUUCUAAGGAUGAUGAGUUGGAGGAGAAAAUCAGGAAGAUACAGGCCCAGAAUGCGACCAUCCUUGCGCGCCAAAGAGAAAUUGAAGAGGAAAAGAAAAUGUUUGGUGGGCAAAGAUAACAGAAAUCUAAACCAAUACUCGUGCUGGUAAAAACUGUCAUAUGUUCAUGUAAUUUUAUACUGCUAUCUGAUUUCUGCUUGGUUUUUGUUGUGAUCAUUGCAUCUUUUUUCCACGAUUUAUAUUCUUUAGGUUAUUUGAAAUUUUGAAUAUGUUGUUUUCUUUCCACAUUAUUUUUUUUUCAUAGGCAAUGUGUGAUACAAAAGCCUCUCAUAUAUGAUACAAAGGCCAUCUCAUAUGUGAUACAAAGGUCAUCUUAUUGGUAAUUUGGAAUUGAAUACAAUUAAAUUUAUGUUAAAUUUCAAAUGGUAACACUAAUAACAAAUACAAUGUUUGAGAGUUCAAAACCCUAUAGAAAGUACCAAAAGACAUACAGUAUCACUAAAAUAUUUGUAAUGUAAUUUUUUUUGCAAGCUCUUCCCACCACAGCGUUUAUCAAUCGAGUCAGUGAAAUAUUCUGAUUGAUUGUUUGAUGAAAUUUGUGAGGUUUUCAAACCACAUCCAAUGCCAAAGCUAAAUAUGAAUGGAUUUUGUGAUUGCUAGUACCAUUUCAUGCCUCUGUUAAAGUCUACAAAUCAAAUAUCGCUACUAAAAUGUACACAUUUUCAAA